AUGAUAGAAGCCCUGGAUGUUAUGCAAUCUCAGUUCUUCGAGCUAUGGAUAGGGACAUGGCCUUCAUCCAUCGAUUGGACUGGCGCGGUGAUCAACACUGCGGUCUCGUCUACUCUGGGAACCAUUGCUCGAGCAAGCAGCGAGACCAAAGAUGACCACUACUCGAAGAUAUUCAACAAGUACUUUUCCCACAACGCAGCAUACUACUUUGGGGAAGAUGCCUUCAGCAUCCGUAAUGAGGCCUAUGAUGAUAUCCUAUGGACCGUCCUGGAAUGGCUCGAGAACAUAAAGACAAUCGAAUAUCGAAACAGCACAGAGCCUUCAUGGCAUGGUGUCCAAUUCAUCCCUGCAUUCAGUCACCGUGCAAGAUUAUUCUGGGACCUUGCUUCCAAAGGUUGGGAUAUUGAUCUAUGCGGAGGCGGUAUGCUCUGGAACCCCAGACUCUUGCCUUACAAGAACACCAUCACAAAUCAACUAUUCAUCUCAGCCUCAGUUGCUAUGUAUCUCUCUUCUCCUGGCGAUGCCAUCGAUUUCCCAUUCUCAGCUUCCGACUCUCAAAUUUUUGGUUCCAUGCCAGGACGCCCGCAUGAUCCAAAGUAUCUCAAAGCUGCUAUUGAAGGUUACUCCUGGCUCAAGAAAAGCAACAUGACCAAUUCCCAAGGUCUAUACGUCGAUGGCUACCACAUCAAAGGCUACUCCCAAAACGGCAGCAGCGGCACAGGCAAGUGCGACGACCGCAACGAAAUGCUCUACACCUACAAUCAAGGCGUCAUCCUCUCCGGCCUACGCGGUCUCUGGGAAGCAACAGGAAACACAAGCUACCUGCACGACGGCUACAAUCUUAUCCUCAACGUCAUGGCAUCAACAGGCUGGUCUUGGUCCGGAAAUCCAAAAUCUCCAAUCUCCAAAUCAUCCAGCUGGUCUGGGUUAGGUCAACACGGUAUCCUCGAAGAGUUAUGCGAUCGCAGUGGUUCAUGCAGUCAAGACUCUCAGACCUUCAAGGGCAUUUUCUUUCAACACUUGACUCAAUUCUGCGAGUCUUUGCCCGAAAAAACAAUUUCUCCCGGCAAAACUCACGCAGUAAGCAAACGACUUGGAGAAAAGCACAGUGCCUUCUGCAGAACUGUGGGAUCGUGGGUCGCUCUUAAUGCACAAGCGGCUUUGGGCACACGAAACGCACUGGGCCUUUUUGGCACGUGGUGGGGUUGUAGGUAUGCUGCAGCCGAUGAUCACCAAAGUCAUCCUGCCCAUGCAGUGGAUUACCGAAAUGAUCCCAGUGUUUUGUCUACGAGCAAGUGGGUAACGUCGCACGAUGGACGGUCAACAGAUGAUGUUGGUAUCCAGACAGCAGAAAUUAGUGAGGAUAUUUCGACGACAGACGUCAAUGAUCGCGGUAGAGGUCGUACGGUGGAAACGCAACAGGGAGGUCUUGCUGUUCUUCGUUCAUCUUGGGAGUUACUGAAUGCAGGCAGAUCUUGA